GGAAAAAGAAGAAAGAUUCAGUGGAAAAAGAAGAGAAGAGAGCAAUGCCUAACCAGACAGCUAGAGUUAUGCCGGGAUUUAUCCAAGACUGAGGUUGUCCCACAGCAACAUUAAACAUUAAACUCCACGGCGGUAAAUCUCAGUUUCCUGUUGUUGUCAACAGUCGCUAAAACUUCCUCACUCCCUCUAGUUCCUUAAACCUUUCAAAAACCCUUCUCCAUCACUCACGAUGGCUUCAACGGUCGAGCCUCCAAAAUCUUUUAAACCCUACGAGCUCAAAUACACGCUCUCCGGUCACAAACGCGCCAUCUCCAGCGUCAAAUUCUCCGACGACGGCAGACUGUUAGCCACCUCUUCCGCCGACAAAACCGCCCGGACAUGGUCCGUCUCCGACGGCUCCCUCCUCCACGAAUUCGAAGGUCACGAACACGGGAUCUCUGACGUGGCAUUCUCCUCCGACAACCGUUACCUAGCAACUGCCUCCGACGACAAAACUGUCCGAUUAUGGGACGUUACCACCGGUUCCCAUGUCAAAACCCUAACAGGUCACACAAACUAUGUGUUCUGUGUUAACUAUAACCCUCAAUCGAACUUGUUGGUUUCUGGUUCUUUUGAUGAGACCGUUAGGUUAUGGGAUGUGAAGACUGGGAAGUGUCUUAAGGUUCUGCCGGCGCAUUCAGAUCCUGUGACAGCUGUAAAUUUUAAUCGGGAUGGGUCGUUGAUUGUGUCAAGUAGUUACGAUGGGUUGUGUAGAAUUUGGGAUGCUUCAACUGGGCAUUGUAUGAAGACCAUUAUUGAUGAUGAAAAUCCACCUGUUAGUUUUGUCAAGUUCUCCCCCAAUGGCAAAUUUAUACUGGUUGGCACUUUGGAUAAUACUCUGAGGCUUUGGAACUUCUCGACAGGAAAAGUUUUGAAAACUUACACGGGCCAUGUCAACUCAAAGUACUGCGUUUCAUCAACAUUUUCCAUAACAGAUGGGAAAUAUAUUGUUAGUGGUUCCGAGGAUAAUUGUGUAUAUCUGUGGGAGCUUCAAUCAAGGAAGAUAGUUCAAAAAUUGGAAGGCCAUACCGAUACCGUAAUUUCUGUAGCAUGCCACCCCACUCAGAACAUGAUUGCUUCUGGUUCUCUUGGGAAUGACAAGACAGUGAAGAUCUGGACUCAGGCUCAGGGGGAAGAUAGUGAAGAUAUGACUUAAGCGUUUGUGCAUAAUAGCAGAAUAGCUGCAUCUUACUUGCCUUGCAUGUGAGAACAGGUUAUUAUCAGUCUCUACAUGAGGUAAAAACCUCUGUAUCGUUUAGUCUUGGUAGUUGUCAUGUAGAAGUUAUUUCAGCUUUUGUCUAAGUUAUUGUAUUCCAGGAAUUUGCUUCACUAGAUGAAUAGGUCUCUUCUCAGAUUUAUGGAAAUUGUAUGAGAGUUGGAACUUUUGCUUCA